UUGAGCAACAAAAAUGCAAAGACUAAGUCAUACCUUUGUUUCCUAAGCACUGAAGAACUUUCUAGUUGCCCUAAUGGUUCAUGCCUGCAGAUAUGUGAACUAGCAGCAGAGACUCAGAAAUCUAAAGGAGCACUUUCAAGAAAGAGCAGAACAAAUUCUGAAGUAGGCCCAAGCAACAGGGAUUCUCUAUCAGUUGAUUCAAUUUUGACCAAGAAUGCAUCCACGGUAUCUCAGAGUAACGAAUCGUCAUCCAAAAUAUACCUCAUCAAUUGUCUAUCAGCGAUUCAGCAGCCAUUGAUUAGCCAUGAAGUUGCGUCCAAGUAUAUAGGCAAUCUGCUUUCAAUGAUUGAAACUCAUCUUCAAACUCUUGUAGAAAAUGAAGUAGACUCCAUUCUUAGAAGAUGCGGCCUUUUGAGCAAGAUCAACUACAUUCAGAAGAUAUCAUCUUCUAAUGAUCACAACAUUGAAGCUGGGCCUUUAGCAGAAACAGAGGAAAUGUCACCGCAGGUUCUUUCUGAUUGCUUGAGAGCUUUCUUUGGGCUGGUGACUGGGACUGAAGGCGCCCUUCCAGAAUAUGAGCAGUUGCAGGUACCUCGGUUGCGUUCCGAUGCUCGUGUUCGUGUCGCCGGGGCACUAGCAGCCGCUUAUCAAGUCAUUUAUGGAGCUGUCGCCGACCCGAAAAAUGGGUACUCUGAUCCGAAGUCUUUGGUGAGGCAUUCACCAGAUCAGAUUAGAACCAUGUUGGAGAUUUGAAAUCUCAUCUUGUGAGUUAUAUUGCUUUCCUGUGAAGACCAUCUACCAGAUGUGGUGUGUACAGCACUGGGAAUUAUUGGGUCCGGAUAGCGUACACAACUUAUCGUCCAGAGAUCAAUAAGAUGCAGACACGUUAUUCAAUACUGCUCAGUACCGAGCUCGGUACUGAGCAAUACUGAGCAGUACCGAGCAGUCCUGAGCUCGGUACUGCUCAGUACCAAAUAGAGGGUGAUGUGGCGCAUUUUCAUUAGGCUCUGGUCAGCUUACGCACUCCGAACCCAAUAAUUUCCCGUACAGCACAUGGCUCAAACUAUUCAUUUUCUAAACUUUGUAAUUAUUUAUUUCCAACAAUGUGAAACUAGGUGCAACUCCAACAUUAAAAAAAAGGAAUUUAUUUCUUUCA